CCAAAAAAAAACCCUUUGAAUCAAAACCUUCACACACUCCGCCAUUCCUCUGCAAUACCCAAACCCCACUGUCCUCUCCUUCUCCCAGCUGAUUCUGACUCACUGAGUUUAACCGAGUUCACCGGGUUUGCAGCCGUUCCAAACCUCCAAUUUCACGAGGAAAGAAAAGAUGCGAGCUAUCCAUCGAUUCGUGUCGCGUUUCUCCAUUAACCGUUGUUCCAAAAAUCAACCCACAUUCAAAACCCGUAUUCCUUUCUCUCUUUCCGAAAAACCCUUCUCUUCAAACCCUCCUUCGAAUAACGAUAAAAGUACGACUUCCGGUUUGGGCAGCAGCUUCGGCGUUCCUUCCGGCGAUGGCGGCGGCGGCGGCAGCAGCGACAACUUGGGGUGGGAUAACCCAAGUUCUUCCUCAUGGUCUACUGGCCUGACCAAAGAACACUUUGACGGCGAAGUAGUCGGACAGCAGGUGAGCCCUGUAUUGGGCCCGAACCCGGCUCGGCCAGAAGGUGGAAUGGGAGUUGGAGGCAGUGGUAUGGGGCAGGCGCGGUGGACGGAUGAGGAGAUGAUGCGCAUUAGGAGGUUACAGGCCGAGAAUAGGAAAAGUAGAGCGUUUGUGGAAGGAUGGAAGAACAGGAUGGUGCAGAUGAGUGUCCUGAUGAAGCAAGUGAGAGAGCCUGGGGCUCGAGGAUCAUAUUUGAAGGACUCGGAGAAGGCUGAGAUGUAUCGGAAACAUAAGGAGAAUCCCGAAGUAUAUACGGUGGAGAGGCUUGCCAAGGACUACAGGGUUAUGAGGCAAAGGGUCCAUGCGAUUUUAUGGCUGAAAGAACAGGAGGAAGAGGAAGAGAAGAAGUUAGGCCACAAGUUGGACGAUUCGGUUGAGCUUUUGUUGGAUGCAUGCCCCGAAUUUUUCAAUUCUCAUGAUAGGGAGUUUCAUGUUGCAUCUCUUCCUUACAAGCCGGACUUCAAAGUGUUGCCUGAAGGUUGGGAUGGCACAACUCGGGACCCUGAUGAGGUCCAUUAUGAAAUAUCCAUGAAGGAAGACGAGAUGCUAUAUCAAGAGUUUCUCCAGAGAUUUAACUUCAACAAAAUGAAGAUGGCUAAGCAGGUGAAAUGCCACAAGUAUAGCCGGAUUCGGCCAUCUGAAGGAUGGAACUACACAGUUGAGAAACUAGGUCCACGGGGCAAGCGGGGAAAUGGUGGUGGCUGGAAAUUUGUCAGCGCCCCAGACGGUUCCACCAGACCUCUAAAUGAGUACGAAAAGAUGUUUGUGAGGAGAGAGACUCCUCGCAGACGUAGAAGAAUUCUUCCGUGAUAUUGGUUGCAGAUGAAUGCAAAGUCAUCUGAUGAUUUCAGGAAGCUUAGUUAGUCAAUGAGGAUGUUCUGGAUAUCUUCUUUUCUGUAUUCAUCUUCUCCUGAAUUUUGUACCAGCUCAUGGAAGCUAAUCAUGUUUACCACUGCAAUCUCUUUGUAGAUUAUCCUUUCAUUCUGCUAUACUAGUGACUCUAAGAGCUGUGCAGUGGAAAACAGCAUGACAUGAGCUCCUCUUUCUCUCUAUUUUUUAUUGUAACUCAUAGUCAUUGCCUAACAAUUUAGCAGUCCAUUUCUGUUGCAUGGAAGUGGAGAUCCUUUGAUCCAGCGGGUACUUGAGGUUUUGGUGAUCGGUUUUAAUGACUAAA